CAUAGACUGAACAUAAACUGAAGCCAAAGACUGGGUCACGAUCAAUCUAUGAUCCUCCGGAUCUUUCUUCAGGCUUGAAGCAACGAUCGCCUCAUCCGUAUCAGAGUCACAUACGAGUGGAGCCGUCAUGAUUGAUACUCAAGACCAAAUUAAAAGUUUUUUUUUUCUUUUUAUCUCAAAAGUAUGUGCACGCUUUCUUUGAUUGUUUUUGAGGCGCAAAUCAUUAUUUCUGAUAGAAACAAACACACUCAAUGUAAACUGUGGUUAUGAAUAUCAGUUAUUGUAUGCUUGUGAAUGAAAGUUGUUGGAAACUUGAAAUGUUUUAAAGGGAGUCUUUAAAAUGUCCUGAAUGUGACAUGACGUUCAGUCCAGCAGCUUGACUUUUGCUGCGGGAGUGUCCGGGUAUGGUCAGGCUUUUAAUUUGAAAUCCCAACAGCGGAAGUAGUUAAAUCCAGUUUUCCGUCUCGUACUGCGGGAGAUCCACGUCACGCUUCUGAACCGAGCGGUACCGGUGGAACCAGGAUGGCAGACGAGGCCACGCGCAAGGCGGUGUCCCAGAUCCCACUUCUCAAGACGCACGCGGGCCCGCGGGAGCGCGCGCUGUGGCCGCAGCGCCUGAAGGAGGAGUACCAGGCCCUGAUUCGGUUCGUGGAGCAGAACAAAGCCGCCGACAACGACUGGUUCCGCCUCGAGUCAAACGCGGACGGCACGCGUUGGACCGGCACGUGCUGGUUCGUGCACGAGCUGCUGCGGUACGAGUUCCGGUUGGAGUUCGACAUCCCGGUGACGUACCCGGAAACGGCUCCGGAGCUGGCCAUCCCGGAGCUGGACGGGAAGACGGCGAAGAUGUACCGGGGCGGGCGGAUCUGCCUGACCGAACACUUCGCUCCGCUCUGGGCGCGGAACGCCCCGCGCUUCGGGCUCGCGCACCUCAUGGCGCUCGGGCUCGGUCCGUGGCUCGCGGUGGAGGUUCCGGACCUGAUCGGCAAAGGGCUCGUGACCCACAAGGAGCGGCAGCGCGAGGCGGCCGAGUGACGUCACAGACCCGGCAGGAGCGAGACUUUUCAAAAUAAAGGACUUGUAUUCUCA